UCUCUAUGAGUGUACUAAGUUACGAAUGUGUAAAUAUAAACAGGCUCGGGAUUCGUAUCAUCGCUUAUUUUGUCGUGUUUUUUCAACUGACUUGACACUGCACGUCUAUUUUCUCUCAUUAAGGCAGACAUCAUUGCAGAAAUAAGGUGAUAACACCCAGAACACAGUAAAUUAAACAUCAUCAUGGCGAGCCCAAAAAGUGAAGAAAUUGGUCGCUGCUGUCUUAUUGCUUGUGAAAGGGACCCCAUCCUCACCACUGACGGGCGAACGGACGUUAGGGCCUACAGUGUACAGGAAAGUGAAAAGAAAGAAUUCAAAGUCAACUGGGAUGAAAAUGGAAUGGCAAUGUUUCACAUCGCCUGUUGGAACGUCCUGUACCGAUCCGCCUCGGCCAGAACCCCAGAAAGAACCUCUAUAGUUCUAACGGAGAUGGAAAAGGACAUGAUAUGCGAGGCAGCGAAGACUGCCGAGACACACAAUUCGUACCAGUUCAUAAAGGACGAGGGUAAACGAAUAGCCGAGCUGCUGAAACAGUCCAACCACUGCGUAGCCUUCACUGGUGCUGGAAUAUCAACCGCAGCCGGAAUAGGGGAUUUUCGCGGAAUUAAUGGCAAAUGGACAACACAGGAAAAAGUUAAACAAUAUGGUCAGAGGGGCGUGUCCAAAACGAGAGGUCAUAAUAUGCUUGACCUUCGUCCUACUUACACCCACGAGGCUCUGUUAAAACUGACCGAUCUCGGAUACAUCAAAUACCUCAUCAGUCAAAACACGGACGGUUUACACAGACUUUCCGGUAUCCCGGAGUCCAAGAUAUCCGAACUGCACGGUAACUCCUUCAUGGAGAAAUGCGAGAAAUGUGGAAAUCGGUACGAAUGGUCUCGCCAGGUAAGACGUCGGGCCGACGUUCCAGCCAAUACGUGUGAGCGAUGUGGCAUCAAUCACCGCACCGGUGGUAUCUGUCAGGACAAGCAAUGUGGUGGGUUUUUGAUGAACACCAUCAUCAAUUUCGGGGACUAUUUGGAGGAGGAUGUUUUGGGGAGCGCCAAGCAUCAUGCCAAACGGGCGGACCUUGUUUUGGCACUUGGGACCACCCUUCAAGUCUCCCCGGCUAACUCUCUGGUGGAAAUGGGACAAAAACCAACUAGAUUGGUCAUCUGCAACAGGCAAAGCACUCCUUAUGACAACGUCUGCAAAGAGAUGGACGAAAACGGAACUUCAACACUAGGGUCACGUGUUUUUGGAGAUUGUGACAAGCUGAUGUCAGAGAUAAUGCGGAAUGUUCUCCCUAAAGAAGAACUACAAGAAUGGGAAGGCGGACGCGAGGAAAGACUUGCUGCUUACGAUCUAAAACGAAAACUGUAGAAUCACGUGUCCAUGUUUAAUUGUUUUCUGGGUGUUUUUUUUAUUGCACAUGGUAGUACUGCCAAAGUACAACUAACAGUGUAUUGCUUUACAUACCCGUGUUUGAUUAGAAUACUCAUAGUUACACUCGGAGAGAAUUUGACACGUGUACUUACUGAUAUUUGUUUGUUAUAAAAUGACCUUUGUAGAAGUGCUGAUAUGAAGGUAUUACUAUAUUUUUCCCGAAAAGACCAAAUAGAGUCCUACUGAUAAAUUCUUAAAAUGAAAGAGAGAGAGAGAGAGAGAGAGAGAGAGAGAGAGAGAGAGAGAGAGAAAUGGAUGUCAUUUUGAAAUCUUCGUCAUCACGCCUAGUGUUCAUUAUUAUUUUCAGCAAAACUUGGUUGUAUUAAUUUAGCUAUAUUUUAACUACGAAUGUGAAAUAAUUGAUAAAAGACCGUUUUGUCAAAUACGCUCUGUAUUGAAGAUCGAAUUAUAUAUUAAAUGCAAUUUCUAUAUUGUUUGUCUUGCAUAUAUAAUAAAACUGAGAUAUACUGUA